ACUUUCCCAACAUGGACAGCCAGGAGGUGUGCGAUUUACUGGAAGAAUGUCUCAGAGCAGCAGUUCAAGUCCAGCGGUCCAACCAGCCCACAGAGGCCGAGAGGCUGAACUACUGCAGCUGCAGAGACUCGCUGUGUGCAGAACUGGCCUCUCUCCUGCAGGAGGCGAUAGAGAUGAAGUGGCCCUUUGUGCCCGAGAAGUGGCAAUACAAACAGUCUGUGCUUGCAAAUGACAAGACCAACCUCAACGACCUCAUCAGCAAGCACCUAUCUAAGCUACUGGCUCUUUUAUUGGCUUCCAUUGUGGCUCAGGAGGCAUGCAUGGCACUGGCGGUCGUCUUUUUAGUCGACCGCUUCCUGUACUGGACAGAUGAGUCCAGCCGGCUGCUGAGGAUCACCAAGCUGCUCCACAGACAGCAUCCCGACACCCCUGUGGCCCCCCAGCUGGUUAUACGACAGGCCAGAGUCUACCUUAACUCUGGCAAACUGCAGAAGGCAGAAUACAUCCUGAGCAGACUCAUUAACAGUAGUGGAGCAACAGGUUGCUGGGUGUACCAGUCUGAAAGCGAUCGGGCUCUUGUGCAGGCUGUUAGUGUUCAAGUACGGGGGAUGGUUUUGCAAAAGCUCGGCCUGUGGUUGGAGGCUUCACAGCUAAUCUGGGCCUCUCUCGUCGGCUACUAUGCUCUUCCUCAACCUGACAAAAAGGGCAUUGGAACCUCUCUUGGCAUACUAGCCAACAUAUUGGUGUCAAUGAAUGAUGAGGACUUUCAUACGUUUAGGAAGCAUCCAGAUAUUGAUUUGUCCUUACUUGGAGACAGAAGUCGCCGUCUUCUUUCUGCAGCCCAGGCGGCAAAGAUGGCGGUAGUGUACAGUCAAUACACUUCACUCUAUGUGUUGACCAAUGUGGCCACUCAAGGGACCUGCUUGUUGUCUUUCAGUUUCUCAGUGCAGUGCCCUGCCACUCAAAGGCAGUUUUACCUCCUCCAGGCUAAAGAGGCGUUUGAGAUCGGUCUGCUAACCAAAGCAGAGGACGAGCUGGUCACCAGCAAGCAGGAACUCCACACAUUCCUCAAGGCGGCCUAUUCCCUCUCUGUGACUCACAAAUGGCUCGGCACUGCUCAGGAGGUUGUGGUGAAGGCAACUGGAGCUUGUCAAAAAGCUUUAGCGACCUUCUACGAUUACUGCCAGGCAGAUACUCAAGACAAAGAUGGCCUCUGUGCUGAAAUCAUGCACCUCGUUGCUAAAGUCAAGAUUCUGUUGGAAGUGAAGCCUUUCCUAAAUUCAGACAAGGGGUCUUUUAUACCCGACAGCUACAGAAACAAUGAUGACACAUUGGUCAAUUUUACAUUGGACGGUUUCGCUAAGGUGAUGCAGAGGUUCAAAAAGUACCACGCAUCACUGUGUGAGACAUCCAGCACAAACUGUAAGGGCACCAGUGACAAGAUUGAUGGGGCAAGGGUAUGUAUUACUGCACUGGGAACCACCGUUGGUGUUCCAAACACAGAAUGCGGCACGGAGGCUUGCAAAGAGUCAACAGUAGCACACAAAGAAGAUGAACCACAACAGAAAGGUUCAAACUCAUUGGCUGUUCAUCCCCUUCCAAAGUCUGACCUGGGCAGCACUUUAGAAAUCACGGAUAACCUCGGCUCUUCAUGGCAGAACUACUCCCUAAGUAGUUCAGGGUCUCCAAGGCCAAGCAACAGCUACACAGGAAGUGGUGCGAUUGUAUGCGAUGCAAAUGCAGGCAGUAAGAGCUGUCUGACGACGGAGUUUGAUGAUGAUAGGGAUGACAACAUGCUACAGUCUGCUGAUAAAAAGGGGAAGCGAGACUUGGUGGACUGUAAUUCUGGUCUCAGUUCUCAUACGGCUGCAAUACCUGCGACUUCCUCAAAUAGUAGCAGACAAUCAGAGAAUAAAAAAGUGAUACAAACUGAUAUAGAGACCCUUGAGACUGAGGAUUGGAUGACUGAUGAUGUUGGCGUACCACUGAAUUCAUCACUAGGUGAAGGAGCAGUGCAAUCCCUCUCCCAGCUUACUCUCAGAACCUCCUCCAGCUCCCUCGGUAACAGUUUUGGGUCGCAGUCGUCAUGGGAGAAAAUCUCAAUUGACCUGAACUCGCCCUCAAUCAUAAAACCUCAGCCACGUAGCCUACCAAAAGCUGGAACCAGGCAAGUCAGCAAGUCACAAGAGUCUGAUGAGAGCAUCUUCCUGUUGGAAACACUAGAUUCAGAAACCUCAGAUUCCGCAGAUGAUCUGAAUCACAAAAACCACUUAUCUGGAUUGGAACCCGGAGCCUCGAACAAGCCAAGACCUUUGGAGAGCACACACAUUGACCCAAAUAUGGACACUGAAGUGGACUUUGUAUCUGCAAAACCUGCGCCCAAGAAUUCCUUGGCAAAUCCAAUCCCAAAACAUUCCCAAUUUUUCCCACAACAGUGUGCAUCCACUGAAACUUCCACAGAGAGUUCAUUUGAGAGGCUGGAGGAGAAUCAAAGCGGGAACCAAAGCAGUGAAGAUACUUCUCCAGAAAAAGUCAAUAUCCCUCAGAGCAAGAACCCCAUGUGUUACAGCUGCCUUGAGGCCAGCUAUAGAGUAGUCCCUGAGAGACAGUAUCUGUUGUCACAGCAGGACUACCAAGCCCUACUGGCUGGAGUUUGCCAUGAAUGUCUUCUGAGGCGAUUGCAAAGUGACAAGAUACAAUUUAAACUCAAGAAGCACAGAACUGCGCACAAUGGUCUUCAUUUAAAGUUCUCCAAAGCCACAGGGCUGUGGACAGCCCGGGAGACCUGCCUUUACAUCGGGGAGCCAAUGGGGAUGCAGGGCAAGCAGAGAACGGCAAUAUGGGUGCAGUUUUUACACCAGGAAGAAAGGUUAAGCAGCUACGUGGGGAAGGACUAUUUGAAGCCAAAGGAGGUCCAGUUUCACCUGAAAGAUGUGGAGAGACAGAUGACAGCCCAGUACUAUGUGACUGAAUUCAACAAGAGUCUUUACGACAAGGAAGUCAUGGCUCAGAUCUUCUUCAUUCCUUCAGAAGCUCUGUUGAUUCUGAAUGGAAAUGAGGUAGUGGGCUGUGUCACAGUGGAGCCCUACAUGCUCGGAGACUUCGUCAAACUGACCAACAACACUGGAAAGAAGGACCAGAGUUUCCCGGCAACCGAGUAUGGCCUUGCCUUUGGACACUUUACCUACCGGUUUUCUGACUGUCAGGAAGUUGUUGUGGACCUGCAAGGGUGGGUGACAGCCAAUGGCAAAGGGCUGACCUACCUUACAGACCCCCAGAUUCACUCCACCAUGAUCCCCAAAGGCCCCUCCAACUUUGCUGCCAGAGGUCUCAGGUAUUUCUUAGAAGAGCAACACGGACCAGAGUGCAACGGCAUCUGUCAGCUGCUUCAGCUGCCUCCUGUUGGCUGACAGCCACAUGUUCUGCCUCAGAAACUAUGACUCUUAUCUUAUAUUUGAGCUCUUAAAAUGUAACUAUCGUGCUGCUCAUGCAAAUUCCUGAAAAUCCAGGUUUACUAUUUAACCAAAAUGGUCCCAGCUACAAUCUUUGGGCUGGACUUGAAAUGCACAAUACUUUAUAUACAACUGAAACAUGAAACUGUGUUUUUAGCUGCUAGGUGAAAAAAGACACUUCUUAGACCUGCCAUAUAUGUACAGUCAAUGGUACCUGCUGUGUUAAUCUCCAAUCCAAUCCAACUCUAUUCAUAUAGCACAUUUUGAAAAAAGCAGUGUUCACCAAAAGUUUACAGUCCUCAAAAUAAAGUGGUCAUAAUCAUUAAAAAAAGAGAUAAAUUAAAAAAAUUAAAACAGAUGAACAAGAUAUAAAUGUUAAAGACACAAGAACACACCACUCAGAGGCUGCUAUGUAAAGUAUCAAAUUAUCCCAUUCAUGUAUUCAUACGCCACUGAGGAAGCAGUGGGAGAAACUUGGGGUUAAGUGUCUUGCCCAAGGACACAACGGACAUGUUGCUGCAGGAAGCUGGGGAUCGAACCCUCGACUUUCUGGUUGAGAGAAGACCGACUCUACCACUGAGUGGUGGUGAAAAAGCUUGGUCUCUAGUCUUCAUCCUAGUUUAUCAAGUGGUUAAAACAACUGGUCGGAAGAUCUGAUUGAUCUUGACGGGGUGUAGGGCUGCAAAUGUUCUGAGCCAUGCAUUUUAAAUAGAAAUAGUUUCCCAAAGAGAGGUGAAUGUUUAGUUUAUGAAGAAGAUCUAAAAGAAGAUCAAAUUAAGUUUUGCGUUAUCGAAUCAUUGGUGGGCACGGCCUGCUGCUGUCGACUCCUCCCUCCCUCCUCUGUUUGUCCCGAUCCUUCUUCCUGCAUCACCCCCUAUCCCCCCUAUUUUUGUUGUAACAUAACAAAGAGUAACAUCUUUUACCUGCUCUUUGUAGAGUGUCUCGAGAUAACGUUCGUUAUGAAUUCAAUUCAGAUUAGGAUGAAUUGAUUUGUUUUAUGAUCUUCUUUGAAUGCUAUAAAAUGAAUUGUAAUUUAGGAACUAAUAGUUUCAGGGAUUUGAGUGGAUGAGUCGGCCUUCAGCUCUUUUUUUUUUUUUUUUAAAUAAUGUGCUUUGUGAAUCAAUGUCUUGUAGAAGAGCUGCAAAUUAUUUAAGAUUCUUCUUUCACCCCCUUCUCAUUCAAGAUUUGAGAUUUUAUGCUUGUAUUCAAUUUUACUUUGUUUGGUCGAUGAAUGCAAUAAACUUCUAUAAAUUAAUGAAUUAAUAAGUAUGUGGGGCAUUAAAUAGGUUUGUUGAGUGUCUGUAAAAGCUGACUGAAAAAUGAGUUUGAUGUUAAAAAAAUAAAGUAAUAAAAUAUUAAAAUCAACUAUUUGCUACAGAAUUGCAAGAGGAUUAGGGCCGCUGAAAAGAUAAAUCUGACUUUAAUCUCAGAAUUCUGAGAAAAAAGUCAUAACCCCAAACAUCUUUUUUUCAGUGGCCCUAAUCCUCUUCAAGCCCAAAUUGAGUUUAUGUUGCAAUAAAUUCUGUAAAAGCC